AUGAACCCUGCAAAGCUCCAGCUGGAUGAGGAUCGUCAACAUUCAGUUAGGAAAGAUCAGAUGAUGAUGAUGAAUGGCAACCGCCCCUCACCAUUGAAGAUCAACAAGGCUUCCUAUCUCAUUCAAAAACCUCCCAACAAUAAUAAUUCCUCUUCCCGCAUGGCCAAUCAACAACAUGCCCAUGAACACCAACAACACCACCAGCAACAGCGGCAGCCGGUGAUCAUUUACACCCAAUCUCCCAAGAUCAUCCACGCCCAGGCACGUGAUUUCAUGGCUUUGGUCCAAAAACUCACCGGCCUCGACCAAACCCAACAACCUGAAUCUACUACUACUACUGAUGAUCAUGUUCAUGCAAAGGUGGACGCUUCGUCAUUGUCGCAGGGGCGAAGAAAUCAAGAUGACCAGAUCAUCGACAUUAACAACAUGAAUAGUACUGCAAGUAAGUCUAUAAUUAGCAGCUGCAGCCAUGAUGACAAUGAUCAGUCGUCCUCGGGUCUCACGGAUGAGAAUUGUGAUAAUAAUAAUAACAAGAAUGUUGAUGUUGUUCAUCAUCAAGGAAACAGAGGCAGCUCAUCGUCGUCUUGUGGAUAUUAUCCUCCCAAUGCCAUGUUCAGCCACCCAAACCAGCCCUAUUUUGCAGACAUCCCUCUGUUCACGCCAACUUCGACUUCUUCGACUGAUUUCUUCUGCUCCCCUCGGCCUCUGUACAGAUUCUCAGAUUCGUCGUCGCAUGCGUCUCCCAAUGUUAACGUGGGUGGUUCCAUUUCUCCUUCCAUGUUCAAGUUCAUCAAGGGACUCACAGAGUAUUGA